AGGGCCAAGUAAACAACAAGGACGCAGAACAGAACAGAACAGAGUAGAGCAGAGCAGAGCAGCAUCUCACGGAGAACUUUACCGCGGAGAACUGGACCUCUGGAGUCCACACUUCAGUCCACAUGCGCAAGAUAGGACGGAUUUUGUUACUGACGACAGUUUCGCUCGAUAAACCGUGACUUUUAUCAUUAGAACAUGUUUUAGGAGACGCUAGCUGGCUGGGUACGUUACUCUGUAGCUAAGCAGCUAACGUUAGUUUAGGUAAGCUAAGCUAGCUGGCUCAUAGUCUGGAGUUAGUAUUUGUUGUUAGUCAACAUUAGAAAAAUAUCGUUUGAUUAUUUUGAGGCGAAACUGCUGCUUGCUUUAGCAUUUAAUGCCGAGAAUAUGGCGUUUAAGUCGUCGUUAGUUGAGAUUUAGACAGGUUACCGUAAACGUUAGCUGAUAUAACGGUUUAACUAACGUUAGCUGAACUACUUUGACACACACUGUAAGUGAAGAUGAUUGUUUAUAAUCAGUCACUAUGACUGGGUUAGCCUUAACUCUUGCCCAAGGCUAGCUAGCUUAAACUACUAGCUAGAGAGCUGUCGUUACCUAACAGUGCUCAGAAUGGCAUCGCUAACAUUAUUUAGGUCUCCAAAUCCAGCAGCUAAAGUUGAAAGUAGGUGCUGCGAGACAGUAUGCUGCUAAAUGUUGCGUUUAGCUAAUAAACUAGCAGUUUAUCAGAUAAUUUAGCUAUUUCACAAAGUUGUCUUGCAAGCAAUUUGCAUGAGGUAGCUAAAAGGCUUCCAAGUCCCAUGUGUUUGAAUUGCCAUGUUCAGUCUGAUGGCGAAUUGCUGCAGCUGGCUAAAACGGUGGCGUGAACCUGCGAGAAAGGUGACAUUGGUAAUGGUGGGACUGGACAAUGCUGGGAAAACUGCAACAGUCCGGGGCAUCCAGGGAGAGAGCCCUCUCGAUGUAGCCCCCACGGUCGGCUUCUCCAAAGUGGACCUGAAGCAGGGAAAGUUUGAGGUCACGAUCUUCGACCUAGGUGGAGGGAAGCGUAUCCGAGGGAUCUGGAAAAACUACUACUCAGAAUCCUAUGGUGUGGUGUUUGUGGUUGACUCUAGCGACGUCCGGAGAAUCCAGGAGACCCGAGACACCAUGGCAGAAGUCCUCCGCCACCCUCGCAUUGCCGGCAAGCCUGUGCUAGUACUGGCCAAUAAGCAGGACCAGGACGGGGCAUUAGCUGAAGCAGACAUCAUCGAGAGCCUUUCGCUGGAGAAGCUUGUCAACGAGAACAAAUGUCUCUGUCAGAUUGAGCCGUGUUCAGCAGUUCUGGGCUACGGUAAGAAAGUUGACAAGUCUAUCAAAAAUGGCCUGAAUUGGCUGCUGAACAACAUUGCCAAGGACUACGAGGCGAUCACAGAGCGUGUACAGAGGGACACAGCGGAGCAGCGGGCACAAGAGGAGCAGGACAAGAAGGAGAGAGCAGAGCGAGUGAGGAGAAUCCGAGAGGAGAGGGAUAAGCAAGAACGCGAGGAGGCGGAGCGAGGAGGGAAACAAAUAAACGAGGAGUUAGAGGAUGCUAACAUGCCCAGCCCAUUCCAGCCAAUAAACAGUGUUGUUACUGAGAAUGAGGAUAAACUGAAAAAGGAAAUGGAGAGGAAAAAGCAGAGCGAGGAGUGCCAGGAGAGUGGCACUUUGGAACAGAAGAGCAAACAAGAGGAUGAGGAGGAGGAGGAGGAAGAAGAGGAGGAAGACGAAGAGAGUGAAAGACAGACACCAGAAAGCAUAGAAUCAGGUCCAGCUGACCAGGCCAAAAAGAAGACAAAGAAACUUCGGCUGAAGCGGAAAAAUAGAAUCGAUCCACUCAGGGCAGAGGACCCAGCCAAGAGCCCCACCCCACCUCCUCCACCAGUUGGAUGGGCUACUCCCAAAGUUUCUAGACUCCCUAAGCUUGAACCUCUUGGGGAUACAAGACGUUCUGGUUUGCAAGAAAGUUGGAACAGACACAGUCCACCAGCCAUAAUGGGUUGACAUCCUAUCAGCUUCUUAUUUCUAUGGCAAGCCCCUCCCUCCCGUAGCAAUUAGACAGAGGCCAAAUGGCGAAACCCAUGAUGUCAUUUCCUAACCCCACCUCUUCUCCCCCCCAUUGGUUUGCGAUUUGUCAUCCACACCAAUCACAGUCUUUUGUUUUCAUUUUCUUAUCUUCAAGCCCGAGCUGUAUAAAGAGCAAAGGGCAGCAUCUAUAAUGGAAGGAAUGGCACCCAGUCGAAUGAGAUGGAUGGAUCACAUGCCUAAUGACCAGCCAAUGAGGAAUGGACUACAGGGACAGUUUUCUCUGGCCAGUGAUCAUGGAAGGGGGGAAAAAAACGUCAUCCAAUGCUUCCAGCAGUAAAUGAAUUCAUGGGAAAUGGACCUGCACUGUACAGAAUGUAUACAUUUUAUCUUUACACAAGAGGAAGAAGCAUUAUACUUUAUAAAAUUUUUACUUUUCCCCCUAAUGAUCUAUGUAUAUAGACAUUUUUUUAAAAUCAGAACAAGCAUCGCGCAUAUUUGCAACUGUGAAACUCGUGACCUUUUUGAAAUGAGACUGUACAGGAAGACACUAUAGUUGAAAUGGUACAAAAAUAGGCUGGUGUGGUUAAAAGGUACAAAAGUGGAAUGACAUAAAUAGCAUGUGAUAAAUGCACUGCUUUUUAUACAUUUUCAUUCUGUUUAUCUUUUUUUUCUACAGAAAUAUCUUGUGUACUGUGCUAUGUAAAAGUCUGAGACCACCUUUCAUUUAUUUAAUUUCCAGCUAGAAUGACCGUUAAGUAUUAAUUUAUUCAUUUUUCAGCAUGAGAGGAACAAAAACAUGUCUAACAGAAAAUUACGCAGAAGCCUCAAUAAUUAAUCAUUUUUCCAGCAUUUAGUGUGCCCACACUUUACCUUUAUUAUAGCUUUUAUUACUUGCCUAUAUAACUUACAACCUGCUUUCAGUUUCUCAAAGAAAUCUGCAGCGAUAGUUUUCUACAAAGUUCAGUCUUAGAAGCAUUUUCUGCUUCAUAUGAUCCAAGUAAUCCCAAACA